ACCAUCAGAGGGAGAGCACGUCGCCCGCCAUCGCUCCUCCUCCCACCCAUAACCCACCCAAUUACACGCCCAUAUCUACGCCCACGCCCUUCCUGUGGACACGUGGGCGGCAUGGGUGGAGGGAGGCGUGGGCUAUACAUCUCCUGUGGGCGUGGGGAGGCGUGGAAGUGAGGGGAACGGGAGAAAAUGGAGAUAAUUUAAGAGAAUUCGUGAGUGAGUGAGAGAGAAAUGGCGAGGAGGAAGAAGAAGGGAGAGAGAUAGAGAGAUAGAGAGAGAGAGAGAGAGAGAGAGAGAGAGAGAGAGAGAGAGAGAGAUGAUGAUGAAGAAAAAGAUAGCAAGAUAGUGUGAACAGAGAGCAAAAAAUCGAUUAAAAACAAACAAGACAGAAAAUUUGAUAAAGAUAGAAAGAGAAAGAUAGAAAUCAAGAUAAUCAAGAAAAUAAAGAUAAUGUGAACAGAGAACAAGAAAUCGAUUAAAAACAAACAAACAAGACAGAAAAUUUGAUAAAGAUAGGAAGAGAGAGAAAAAUAGAAAUAAAGAUAAUCAAGAAAAUAAAGAUAGUGAUGAAGAUAGUGUGAACGGAGGACAAGAAAUCGAUUAAAAACAAACAAACAAGACAGAAAAUUUGAUAAAGAUAGGAAGAGAGAGAAAGAUAGAAAUCAAGAUAAUCAAGAAAAUAAAGACAGUGAUGAAGAUAGUGUGAACGGAGAGAAAGAAAUCGAUUAAAAACAAACAAACAAACAAGACAAAAUUUGAUAAAGAUAGGAAGAGAGAGAGAGAAAGAUAGAAAUCAAGAUAAUCAAGAAAAUGAAGAUAGUGUGAACGGAGGACAAGAAAUCGAUUAAAAACAAACAAAGACAGAAAAUUUGAUAAAGAUAGGAAGAGAGAGAGAUAGAAAUAAAGAUAAUCAAGAAAAUAAAGAUAGUGACGAAGAUAGUGUGAACGGAGGACAAGAAAUCGAUUAAAAACAAACAAACAAGACAGAAAAUUUGAUAAAGAUAGGAAGAGAGAGAAAGAUAGAAAUAAAGAUAAUCAAGAAAAUGAAGAUAGAAAGACACAGUGUGAUAAAGAUAGUGUAAACGGAGAACAAGAAAUCGAUUAAAAACAUACAAACAAGACAUUGACGAAACUUGAUAAAGAUAGUGAGAGAAAGAAAGAAAGAAAGAUAAUCAAGAAAAAGAAGAUAGUGAAGCUGAUUAAGAUAGCAAGAUAAAUCAAUAACCACAGAAAAACAGAAGACAGAGAGAGAGAGAGAGAGAGAGAGAGAGAGAGAGAGAGAGAGAGAGAGAGAGAGAGAGAGAGAGAGAGAGAGAGAGAGAGAGAGUGCAGAAAAAGAAGAUAGUUAAGUAAACCGAUAAUUACAUAAACAAAACACACAUAAGAUAAUUCAAGAAAGCAAGGAUUGAUAAAGAUAGUGUGUGACGAAAACGAUGAUAGAAAAAGAAAGAGAGAGAGAGACUAAGAUAAAGAUAGUUAAUAGAAAAUAGUAAUAAUAAUAAUAAUGGUAAUUGAUGAAGAUAAUUAAGAUAGAUAUAAGAUAAUGAUAAGAAAUUAUGACAAAGAUGGAAGCAGAGGAGAAUUGAUAAAGAUAGAAAGAUAUUAAAGAAGAAGAAGAAGAAGAAGAAAUUUGAACCUUACAAUAAUAUCAAUAAUAAUAAUAAUAAUAAUAAUAAUAAUAAUAAUAAUAAUAAUAAUAAUAAUGAAAUAUGUCCAUGUAUUCCUCUGGGCCGCCACUUACGCCCUUCUUACGCGGACCUCGAAGGGACAGACGCAAUGCUUUCGCAUACUGGAGGAAAACCUGGACCACUUCCACUCCACUCCACUCCCCCUCCACCUCACCACCACCCCCACCUCCACCACUCCACCAUCAGGGCCACGGUGUUGGUUGGCCUCCACUACCACGGAUGGUGAAGGAAGGAUUUGGAUAGUGACCUCAAGGGGGUCUCCAGCCACGCCUAGUACAACAUGGCUACUAACAACAUCAUCAACAACAACAACAACAAGAGUGCUCCUAGCGGAUAUACAGCGUCAACAUCUCCCCUUGUCAACCCCUCCCUUGUACCUAUGUCCCAUGGGCUCACUUGGCUUACUGGCCCUGUAUCCAAGUGGGGUAUGGGUACUACCUCCAUAUGGGUCACAAUGGGAGCCUGGACCCUUCCCUACCCCACCCAUACCCAUAGAUACAUUGCAGGGGGUAUGGUGCGGGUAUGGUGGGGGUCGUAGUAUUAGUGAUAUGGGUACUGGAUAUGGGGUCAGUGAGAUAUGGCUUCUGACCUCACACACUCUCUAUCAUGUCCAAAGGAAUGCUUUUGUACCCAUUUCUAACGUGUCCGUGGGUAUGGGUGACACGGUUAGGACAUGGGUGGAUGACAUGGGUGUGCUGGUUAUGGUGCGUGUGCAUGGGGGCGUGGCAAGGAUAGGCCGGUACAUGGGUGAGUGGAAAUGGGUGAGUUUGGAUAUGGGUGACACCCGGACAUGGUAUCCCGGUAAUGGGGUUCUGUAUGGGUUUGGAAAUGGGAGGUUGGCAAUAGUGAAUUCUACAUCGGGAGUAACCAUAUCCCAAGCUGAGUUAAUGUACCCAUAUCCUGAUGUAGUUGAUAUCAAUGGGGCGCUGUACCAUUUCCCAAGGGCGUGUCCAGUGCCCAUCAAUACCCAUAUCCAAAACCAUGUCCGACCUAUCCGUAUAUUACGCGUCUCAACUUGUGAUGGUAGCAAUAGUAGUAGAAGUAGUAGUAGUAGUAGUAGUAGUAGUAGUAGGAGUGAUGGUGUGAGUGAUUUCAAUGUUAUAAGUACUGAAAAUGAUAGUAGUAGUAGUAGUAGUAGUAGUAGUAGUAGUAGUAGUAGUAGUAGUAGUAGUAGUAGUAGUAGUAGUAGUAGUGGUAGAAGAAGGAGAAGAAGUAUUGAUAAUGACAGUAUUCUUAAAAACAGUAACAUUAGUAACAGUAAUAGUAGUAGUAAUAGUAGUAGUAGUAGUAGUAGUAGUAGUAGUAGUAGUAGUAGUAGUAGUAGUAGUAGUAGUAGUAGUAGAAGAAGGAGAAGAAGUAUUGAUAAUGUCAGUAUUCUUAAAAACAGUAACAUUAGUAAUAGUAAUAGUAGUAGUAGUAGUAGUAGUAGUAGUAGUAGUAGUAGUAGUAGUAGUAGUAGUAGUAGUAGUAGUAGUGGAGUGCUUCAGCAUCAACUCAGGGGGAAAGGAAACACAACCACAACUACCACCACCACCACCACCACCACCCACCCAUCACCACCACCACCACCAUCACCACCAUCACCACCACAACCACCACAACCACCACCAUCACCACCACCAAGAGACUUCUACCAGCAUUACGUCCAUAGCAACCAGACUAAGAAGAAGGAGGAAGAAAGAGGAGGAGGAGGAGGAGGAGGAGACACGAGACUUCAACACAACACUAACAUGACCAAAACAGAAGAAGAAGAAGAAGAAGAAGAAGGAGGAUCAGGAGAAGAAGGAUCAGGAGAAGGAGGAAGAGGAAGAGGAGAGAGUCUUCCCCCUCCUCCCCCGCCCCCCUCUUACAAGGAGACAGCUCAAGCUUACAACCCCGUCAUCUUCUUCUCUCUCUCCCUCUCUAUCUUCGCGACUGUCGGCAUUGUCAUCUUCGUGAGGAACUGUGUGAGAUGCCCACCAGCACACGAGCUCAUCGAGGGCGGACGAGGGCGCGAGGGCAGAGGCGGCAUAGCGGGCGCCGGCAGAGGCUUAGGCGGCAUAAGAGACGGAGAGGAAGGAAGAAGAAUAGGAGGAAGAUUAUCGAAGUCCCCCACACCAAUCCCCGUUUUCUAUAGCCUGGUGUCGGAGGAGGGGAUAGAGGAGGAGGAGGAAGAGGAAGAAGAGGAGGAGGAUGACAGUCCUUCACAACUCGGGUUACAGAAUGGCACCGAAAUCACGCCCUUGGACUCACCCACGGGGACGCCUAGCUAUAUGACCCCAGACUCCUUCACGCCCACGGAGGAGUAUGGGUGUGACGCGGGUGAUUUGGGUGUAGGGGGGCGUGUGUGGGGGUCAGCGGGGGCGACACCCACUACCAUAAGACGUGUGGUAGGGGGGGAGGGGCUCAGUGGGUCCAUAUCCCUGACACCUUCUUCGUUUCCGUCGAAUCCUAUUUCUUACGCAGUGACCAAGGCCGCUAAUGAUGUAGUUAGUAUUGCCACCACCUUGUAACUACUUAUAUACUACUACUACUACUACUACUACUACUACUACUACUACUACUACUACUACUGUACAUUCCACUCUUAAUCUAGACUUCCCAGCACUACACGGCUACCACCACCACUACUACUACUACUACUACUACUACUACUACUACUAUUGUUACUACUACUACUACUACUACUACUACUACUACUACUACUACUACUACUACUACUACUACCACUACUACUACUGUACAUUCCACUCUUAAUCUAGACUUCCAAGCACUACACGGCUACCACCACCACUACUACUAAUGCUACUACUACUACUUCUACUAUUGUUACUACUACUACUACUACUACUUCUACUGCUACUACUACUACUACUACUACUACUACUACUACUACUACUGUACAUUCCACUCUUAAUCUAGACUUCCAAGCACUACACGGCUACCACCACCACUACUACUAAUGCUACUACCACUACUACUACUACUACUACUACUACUACUACUUCUACUUCUACUACUACUUCUACUACUACUACUACUACUACUUAUAUUUUUUCUCCUUUCUAUGAUUUUCUUUUUCUUUCAAAUCUUUCCUAAUCGCAUCUUCUCCCUUCCCUUCCCUUCCUACCCCUUCUCUUAUUUUCCCUUUUUCUCCCUUCUCCCUGCAUUACCAUCUAUUAUAUUUUACUCACGUGUUCUUGAAUCUUUCCUCCAUUCGUCACUCCUCGCAUUCUUUCCUCCAUGGCCGGGAAAUGGAGGAAAAACAUUAAAAUAACCAGAUAAAAAUUGCACUUCGGCCGCGUCCUCCGCCAUGCCGCUGGACAUAUCGAGUCAAAUGAGAGACUAUAUUAAUUACCUUCAUUGUUAUCAUUAAAUUAUUAUGAUGUGCUUUUAUGGGUUGCUGUAUUAAUAUUAAGGUUGUUUUUUUGGUUGUUUUGUUUAUUCCGGACGUUGAAAUAUUUAAUAAGAAUUUGUAUCGUAUCACAUAAUGGCUGUUUUGGAUAACGUUAUACUGUAAAUGAUGUCCGAGAGGUUAUCUUUCUUUUUUAUUUACGUAUAUUUAAUCUGAACACUUUUUUAGCGUCAUAAGAACGUUAAAAUAUGCAUAAUACGAUAAUAUGGUGAAUGUUCGCUGAUGGUCACCCAAGGAUGUUAUACGGACGAAACUGUUCCUACUCCCUAUAAACUACGAAAAGAAAUAUUAUGGUAGAUUUUAUAACGAAAUUGAACGUAGAUAUGACCAGGGAAAUACUUACUGAUAAAAGACCCACCGUUGCAAGAUUAUCGUACUCAGAGCCUCGUAUUAUCCGGCUUCUGACCCAUAACUAUUGCUAAAAAACACCAAGAAUUAAACAUUUCAACGAUAAAUGCAAAUAAAUCUCGUUAUCGGGGUGGAAGAGACAGUUUUGGGGUCGUAAAUCGGCAAACAUGAGGCUGAGUACGACAAUUUGGCAACGUUGAAAAUUGGUGUCCCAGAUUAUCGUACUCAAGAGCAUCGUAUUUUUCGGUUCCCCCACAAUUAUUGCAAAAGGAAGACACUAGUAUAUAACCAUUUCAACGAUAACUAUAAAUAACUCUAACUACUGAGGUGGAAGAGACAGUUUUGGGGUCGGAAAUCGGCAAACAUGAGGCUGAGUACGACAAUCUGGCAACGCUGAAAAUUGGUGUCCCAGAUUAUCGUACUCAGAGCAUCGUAUUUUUCGGUUCCCCCACAAUUAUUGCAAAAGGAAG